UAUACCUCAUUUAUACCCUAUGGUAUAUAGCACUUUCCUCUCACCAUCAGAGCUUAAUCAUACCCAUACAUCGCUACGAUUCAAGUACCACAGAAACGCUGACAAUGGUGCAAAGUUCAGUGUUGGGCAGGUCGUCCCUUCUAUCAGUUUAUCGGAGUAGUUUAAGGCAUCCACCACCAAGAUGCGGCCUUUAUGUCAUAUGCCGCAAUGGCUCAAAUCAAAGUUUCAGAACUAUUUCGACAACGAAGAGGAAGAUACACGCAUCUUCGACAAGACCAUCAUCGCCCACAGAUUCAGCUAUUCUAGCCGCGACAGCCUCUGUAAAUCCUCUUCCCGCGGAGAUACCAGCCGAAUCACCUCCAAUGGCUAAAUCGGCACCGCUAUCAGUACUUCCUUUGUCUACAGUAUUACGUAAUCUAGCUACCACCAGCAUAUCAUCAUCACGAAUAUUACUCCCACCCUCCCUUGCCAUUAUGAGUGUACUCGCCCACUCAAAUCAUGCGAUACUAAACCCAGAUAAAAACCCAGUGCUACGAUGGUUCCUCAAGAAGACAUUCUACGCUCAAUUCUGUGCCGGCGAGAACGCGACUGAAGUUCGGCGUACUAUCGAUGGCCUUAAGAAAAUAGGCUUCACCGGCGUCAUCCUAGGUUAUGCUCGAGAAAUCGUCCUAACCGAGGCACAAACACAAAACCUCUCAGCAUGCGAUCAAGGCUCCAUAGCCGAGGAAUGCGUUCGCAACGAAAUCCGCCCUUGGGCAGCAGGCACACUAGAAACAGUAAGCCUGGCACGACCGGGCGACUUCGUAGCUCUCAAAUUCAGCGGCGCGGGACGACAGGCAUUGUACGCGCUUAAGAACCGCCUACCACCGCCGAAACACCUCCGCGCCGCCAUCGACGAGAUCUGCGAACUAGCCGCAGCGCGUGACGUCCCACUCCUCUUCGACGCGGAACAAACAGCUAUCCAAGCCGGAAUCGACGAUUGGACGCUCGAAUACCAACGCAAGUAUAACAAAACCCCCGGCCACGCGAUUAUCUACGGCACAUACCAAGCAUAUCUAAAAUCCACCCCGAGUACACUAAGCGCGCAUCUCGCCGCCGCAGCAAAAGAGGAUUUCACACUUGGUGUCAAGCUUGUGCGUGGCGCGUAUCUAGGCGCGGAUCCGCGACAUAUUAUCCACGAUACUAAAUCCGAGACCGACGCUGCGUAUAAUAGUCUCGCAUCUAGUUUAAUAUGCCGUCAAUGGGGCACCGCUCUUAAAACCUCAACGAAUACCAAAUUUCCACGCGUCAGUGUAGUCCUCGGAUCGCAUAACCUAGAAUCCGUCCGUCGCGCAAGAGCGAUCCGUGAUUCCGCUGCCGCGGACAAGGGGACUGAACUCGCGAUUGCGCAGUUGCAGGGUAUGGCUGAUGAAGUUAGUUGCGAGUUGGUGUAUGCGGCGAAGUUGAGGAGGGAGAAGAAGGGGGAGGUGCCGCGGGCGUAUAAGUAUAUUGUCUGGGGCACUACGGGGGAGUGUAUGAAGUAUUUACUUAGGAGGGCGUAUGAGAAUAGGGAUGCGGUGGCUAGGACGAAGAGUGGACGGGAUGCUAUGUGGGGGGAGGUUAGGAGGAGGUUUUGGGGUGUGCUUGGGUUGGGUGCUUAGGUUUCCGAGGGAGAAUUGUGAUUGUUGGGGGAGGACAUCUUGUUACUCAAUGACAUGAGCUAUGAGUCUAUGAUAUCUAUACGGUGGCUGCGAUUAUGUCUUAGGGAGAUUGGAGUAGAUCAUCUCACCAAGUCGGUGUAGGUCGAAUUAUUAAGCAGAGGAAAACUUGAUAGUCUGCGAAAGACGAAAAAUUGUUCUCCGUAGCGAGUAUUCAUUAAUAUUUAUUUACCCUCCGCAUUCAUAAUUCUUUUUCCUUGUAUCGGUCCCAUUCAUCCACUAGCAUAUUUCAGGCCAUAUUCACCGCGAAUAUAUGACGACUCAUAAACCCCG